UAGGAACCUAAGAUUUGUGCCACUGAUACCUAAGGGAAACAAAAACUGGUGCAAGUUGGAAAAAGCCAUGCUUGACAUGUUUUGGUAGAGCACUAACUAGUAAAACGGUUUUAUUUGUUUGGCAACCCGAUAUGUGUUUUUGAGUAAAAAAACAAAACAAAACAAAACAUUUAACUCGAACAAGAAAAUCGCUAGAUAAGGCAUCUUGCGGAUCGAGUGGAGCAUAGUAAUCAAUGAAGAAGCACGGUGCUAAGCGUGAGGUGACAGGAGGUGAAGAUGGACGAACCAAAGAUUACGUUGUUGGCCUGGUAUCGGACAGCCUGUGUGCAGAGGAGAGCACACCCCCCAGUGGUGCACUGUCUUCACUAUUCUCAGCGACAUCCUCAAGGAGCUCAUUUGUUUUUGUUCCUGCGCCAAAAAUUAAGCCAAAGACCAGCUGUAUAAAAAAGGAGGCUGGUCAUGUACCAAGAAGUGAAGACCUUGAGACUACAAAGGGAAAAUCAAGAGUUGAAAAGAAGCUGCAGAUCAGAGAGGAAGCCUUAAAAAACGCGGAUGACGAAGACGAAGAAAAAAGUCCAAAGAAAGUCAAACGCAAAGCUCCAAAACUAGAUGACAACAGAGAAACACUGGAAGAGGACUAUCCAUGUAAACGACAAAAGACUGCAAGGAACCACAUGGAGGAGAGAAUUAAAUUGAAAAGGACAGUGUUUGUUGGCAACUUGCCUGCCACCUUUAAAAAAGAGGAUCUGAAGAGAAUAUUCAGGGAGCUGGGAGAUGUUGAGUCAGUGCGAUUCCGCUCAGUUGUUCGGGAGGAUCCAUCAAUGUCGCGCAAGCUGGCCACCAUUCGACGCCAAGUUGAUCCUAGAAAGCCAAGUGUCAAUGCUUACGUAGUCUUCAAAAAGGAAGAAGGGGCAGAGAAUGCAUUGAAAAGGAAUGGAAUGGAGAUUGAAAAAAACAUUUAUAUCAGAGUGGAUCGAGUUUCCACGAAGGAUUCACAUGACCAUAAAAGGUCUAUAUUUGUGGGCAACCUUCCUUAUGACGUUAAGGAACUACCUUUGCGGCAGCACUUUGAAGAGUGUGGAAAGGUGGAAGGGGUGCGUUUGGUGAGGGACCGAAAUUCUGGAUUGGGAAAGGGCUUUGGCUAUGUCCUUUUUGAGAACACAGACUCCGUAAUGCUGGCGCUGAAGAUGAAUGGUUCCCAGCUGCUUGAUCGGAAGAUUAGGGUGAAGAGGUCUGUGAAGAAGGAGAAAAACAAAGGACCAGCAGGAAGAGGUGCAGGGAGGAGCAGAGGAGCCCAGUCCAGCAGAUUUAAAGGAUCCACGCACACUGUAAACAGAGUCAAAGGAAGGCCCUUUAAGAAAGGUCCCAAAAUAAGCAACAAAACGUCAACCUCCUUCACAGGAGAGAAGGCAAAUCCCAAACUUAAAAAGGGGCAAAGACUGAAAAAGACAUUUAAACCCAAGAAAAAGAGCAAGGCUGUUCACAUUUAACAUUUCUUUUUUUCUUGAGCAAAUGUCAUGUUGUAUUGACCAGAACAAGAAAGGCAAAUAAAUUAUGGAAACAUCAGUUUCAUCAGGCUUUUAUUGUUUGUUUAAAAACAAAAACACUCAUUACAAAGGACCUUAGCAAGAGCAAUACUCCAACACCUUCAAAAUUACUGCAGCCUCAAGCAAAUAAUGCAUGACACUACAGUAUUUUAAAAAAUAACUUGACACAUGAAUAAAACACUGACUUCUCUAUAGGCCCAGGGGAUGUGCUGCAAAGCUGAAUUUGCAAGAUGGUGCUGCAGCAAUGCACUCCCAUGGAACACAAGUUUAGGUACCCUUGAGCUGCACCAAAGGCAACAUUGUUCAGCUCCAUGCAUCGAUGUUACCUUGCUAACUCAGUUUUAUAAUUUUACACCCUACUUUCUUGACCUUUUUAAAAUAAGAAUUCUUGAUAAUGAUAAAACCAGGGUUCUCAAUCCCAAAUGGAUUAAUUUAUCCAUUUGCCCAAUCCCACAAAACUUGAUUUAGUUCAGGUAAUUAUGAAGCCCUUUAUCAAGGAUACUGGUAGAGGCAUCACCAGGCAAUUUGGGCACCAUGAAAAUACGUCACACUGGGCCACAGUGAAGGCGAGGGGAGUACUUGAUGUUCCAAGGAUUUUUAGGGCCCCUGUCAGUCAUAGGGCCUUACAAUCAACCUUUUACACUGCCCCAGCACCCUUGGAUAAUUGAGGAGGUUAA